UUUACAUAUAAAAGACAAAGACUGUGUGGCUCUGGAGGUGCGGUACCACAAAAGCUGUUACAGUCAGUACACCAUGUUUUUGCUGAGACCUGACAAACCAGAGACAGAACAGGAUGAGGCAAUGUUUGAUGCCAGUUACAAGCUGUUCUGUGAGAGGAUCAUCCGCCAGAGGCUGCUUGUCAACAAUGAGGUGCUUAGAAUGGGCCAGCUGAGGCAGGCCUUCAUUGACAUGGUGAAAGCAAACGAAGGUGUUGAUGCUUCAAACUACAGACAGGAUCUGUUGAAGAAGAGGCUGGCUCAAGAUUUCCCUCAGCUAGCGUUUCACAUGCCCACCAAGCGCAACGUCUGCGAACUGGUUUUUGCUGAGACUCUGUCAAAGGAUGCACUCGUGGACAUGCUACCAGAUCCAUCCGGUACGGAAACAACACAGUCCAGUGAAUUGAGCCAGACAGACAGCGACAAUGAAACAGGGAGAACAAAGUGCCAAACAACACAUGAGGACACAAGGACACUGUAUACAGCAGCGUUGUUUUUGAAAAGACUGCUUAGUGACACUCCUGGCAUGUCAUGCCCAUGGCCUCCCACUUCUGAAAAUGUAAAUGUCACUGAAUCUCAAACUGUUGUCCCCAUUGGACUAUACCAGGGUGACAUGAAUGUGAAAGGCCAGUGGACUGUCCAGCGACAAAGUGUUCAUGGAUUUGCCUCCAUUGCUUGCGACCAGGCUAUUGAGCAAACGCUUAACAGAGAUGCCAAGACCAAAGGUGGCUGGACAGGGAUCACACAAAAUCGGUCUGCAGUGUAUCGCUGGAUACUGUCACAGCAUGAAAGAGCCGCGAUAGCAAGACAGUGUGAAUCAAUGGCAGGGAUAUCUCCUGAGCUACGGACAAGAAAAGACCUGGACAAGACACGCAUCUCUGCUGAUGCAAAGGCUGAGCACAAAGCUGUCAUCAUCAAGAGCUCGGACACUGAUGUGGCAGUCAUUGCUCUGCAAAGAGUCUGCCUGUGA